AUGUUCCGCGUGCUGGGAGGGGUCGUGGCCUCCGCCAUCCUGUUCGCGGCGGGCCUUAUGGUUGGGCAGUCCUACUGCAGGUUCCAAGGCGGCGUGUUCUCCGCGGAUGCCAGGGAGUUUGUUGGCAUGAACGAAGUGCCCGAAAGGUCCAACACGCGCGCAAGGCCAGCGGAGGCCCCAGCGGAGGUCCCAGAGGUCGCAGUGACGCCGGAGCUGACAGAGCUGGAACCGCCGGAGCCGCCGGAGGAGCAGGAGCCGGAGCCGGAGCCGGAGCCGGAGCAGGAGCCAGUCUUCGCUUUCCAUUGGCCAGAUUCUUCUCGGCUGAGGCGCUGGCUCAUCGAGCACGAGUUUCAAUACAGCGGGGGGGAGGCGAUCAACGUCCCCUGCAAGCGUGAAAAGCUUAAUGCUAAAGACAAGCUUCUUUGCAAGGGGAGCGACAGAAUGGGAGGCAUAGACUCCAAGCACAAAACCAGGCAUAACUACGGGUAUUGCUACGCAACUUGGUUGGAUGCUCUCCGCAGCAAAGUCCCUGCGGCAUCUAGGAGCAAUCCGCCAUUGGUGGCAGAGGUGGGGAUACUGAAGGGCUCAGGACUCGCAAUGUGGUCGACCCUGUUUACGUCGGUGGUCCAGAUCCACGGUUUCGACUUGGACCUGAGCAACACCAGGAACAACAUGCCCUUCAUGAAGGAGAAGGGUGCCUUUCCAAAUGAGAAUUUUAAGCUGCACACCAUGAAUCAAGUUCAUGACAACGCUGCGCUUAUUGGAGCUGUGGCUGAUGGCAAGAAGUUCUUUUUCGUAGUCGAUGAUGGGAUGCACACACGUGAGACCAUUGCCAAAGGAUUUGAAACCUUCAAGCCGUAUUUAGCUUCAGAGUUUCUGUAUGUGGUGGAAGAUGCCAAAACAGAUCGUAUGGCAAGCCUGACAAAGAGGCUGGACGAUGAGUUUGAGCUGCACCACUGUGAAUCCGACCAGGAGUUGUGGGCAAUCACUCGAAAAGCAGCUGCCUGA